GGGUGAGGUGGGAGUAGGAAGGCUGUAGGGGAGGAAAGCGGAGGCAUCCUCCACAGCAGGGGGCACAGCAGCUGGGGCAUCUGCCGGGCUGGAGGUGAGGGGGAAGGGGUGGUCACUGAUGUCCAGCAAGAGCCCUUGGUAGGUAGAGCCCACUACCAAAUCCCCCAGACGCCACCAUGUUCCUCUUCUCCCGGAAGACCAAGACCCCCAUCAGCACCUACAAUGACUCCUACAGGGCUCCUACCUCCAUCAAGGAGGUCUACAAGGACCCACCUCUGUGGGCCUGGGAGGCAAACAAGUUUGUGACCCCGGGUUUGACUCAAACCAUGGAGCGCCACGUGGAUCCUGAAGCCCUGCGGAAGAUGGUCAAAUGCAAUAACCAGGACUACACCUAUAAGAGUUCCAUAUCGGGACAUCCCUAUUUGCCUGAGAAGUACUGGCUUUCUCAAUAUGAAGAUAAGUGCAGCCCAUGCUACCUGAGCAGUGACCGUUACAACACGUGGAGGACAGCACCAUACAACAGUCCCUACUGGAACAAGUACACCACCUGCCUCCCCCGACUGCCUAAGGACGCCGGGAUGGAGACGGUAGCUCGAGGAAUGCCCUUGGAGUACCCUCCUAAGCCGGAGCGGCUCAACGCCUACGGGCUGUGUCACCCUACGACCACCGGCCCGGAAUGGAAUGUGCUGUUACAACUCUCCCGCCGUCAUACUACCCAUGUCCGAACCUUAGAUGGGAUACAAGUCACUUCAAGAAGACCGGUGGUGCCCAGAGAGACAACUAUGUGGUGCACCCUGAGUUUGUGUCUGAGACCUAUCCCGACUACCAUUGCUGGUAGAGCCUGGGCUGGCCAGGCCACGGUGGGAAGAGCAACAAAUAAACUCUUUACCCCCAAAGGCAGCCUCCGGUGUCCUUACCCAGCUGGAUCUGGACGUGAAGGGCCAGUUGCUGAGGCCCCUGGCAAAGCCGCCUUGACUGAGAGGCAGUUUCUCCAAAUCACCCUGCCCAUUCCCAUCAGCGCACUGCUUCCCUGGGUGCCCUCCCGACACCCAACAGCAAUCCUGCAUCCAGCUCACGUCCUCCUGCCUCCGCUCAGAGCCCACCUGGGCACGCAGGGAGGAUGCACCACUUCCCACUCUGAGAGGACCCUCCGGCUGACAUGCCCCCAGUAUGUCCCCAGUGCCCUCCCACGUCUCAGGGGGCCCAGAGUCCUCCCUUCCACAGUCAAAGCCAUUUCCCUACACCCGAAUCUCUAGAUCUCUGCUCCCAGCGACCCCCAAAGACUGUGUUCAGAACCCUUGCUGCUCCCCCCCACUACUGAAGGGGCCCA